AUGCUCGCGGUUUUCCUGCUAUUCGGCUGGCUAUCCGCCGGUUUAGCAUCAAAUUCUCCGCUGGUUUCGACGACUUAUGGACCAAUUCGUGGAUUUGAGCACAUUUCAUCGGAAACUGGAGCGAAAUAUCACGUUUUCUUAGGAAUUCGCUAUGCGAAUCCUCCUGAUCACAUCUACAGAUUUCAGAAACCCGAUCCUGUUGAAAAAUGGACCCAUUUACAACACGAUGCUACUCAUUUUAGGGCUUCCUGUAUUCCUUCUCUUCGCUCUGAACUUGAAGAAAACGUAAACUACAGCGAAGACUGUCUAUUUUUGAAUAUUGUGACUCCACCCGACGCGCGAGAAAAAAAGAAGUUACCUGUGAUUGUCUUCAUUCAUGGCGGCGGUUUUCAAUUUGGCGACAGUUCAAUGAUUGGCUACGAGCGCGCCGCUGACCAUUUUGUUUCGAAAGAUAUUAUUUUCGUAUCGAUCCAAUAUCGAUUAGGACCACUCGGCUUCUUCACAACUGGAGACGCAGAGAUACCGGGCAACAUGGGCAUUUGGGAUCAGACGCUCGCAUUGCAAUUCCUCCACCAUGUUCUCGCUGAUUUCGGAGGAGACGCCGAUAGAAUCACCGUGGCCGGACAUUCGGCGGGUUCUGCAAGUGUCUCGGCACUCUUGUAUUCACCACAUUCCGACCAUUUGUUCGCUCAAGCAAUUCAGAUGUCGGGAUCGAUUUUCAGUGAAAAUAAUUUGAGUCAAGAUGUUGUUGAAGACAGUAAAGAGCUGGCAAAAGCCGCCGGUUGUAUUCAAGAAGAUACGAAAGAGAUUCGAGAGUGCAUGGAAUCGAGAACCGUUGACGAAAUUCUUGACGCGAUGGAGAAAAUUGGGGAACUACUUCCUGGACCGCGCAACAAAAAGUUCCACCCAUACUUUGACAAGGACUUUUUCCCAUACGAUAUUGAGAAAAUGUCGAAGAAAGCUCCUAAAAAACGAACAAUGCAAGGAUUAGUUUCUCUCGAAAGUGGAUCAAGUGUGCUCUACCCAGUACGUUUGGCGAAAUUGCUUGGAGUGCCAAAGGAAAGCUGGAACACGUAUGACAAGGAUAACUUGGUUGAUUUUAUAAGGGAUCAAGUUGCUGUCGAAAAAGAUUUCGGAGGGCACGCUACAGAGCUUUCAAAAAUUGUUGAGCACUUCUACCUAAGCGGGCCGCUUACUGGAAACUCGAGUUUUUACAUGAAUGCUUAUGCAUUGCUUCUCAGUGAUCUUCAAUUCAAUAUUCCAACUCUGCAUGAGGUCGAACUCAAAAGACUCAACGGAUGGGAAACGUACUUCUACGUGAUUGAUUAUGAGAGACCAUUCCAUGGCGAUGAACUCCGUUUUCUUUUCAAUUACGCGGGACUUGAUACCGUUCCUUUUAAUGAGAAAGACAAGAUAGUUGAAGAAUUUUUGGUGAAUUCGAUUGCCAACUUUGUUGCUGGAGGAAACCCUAGCAUUCCCAAUGUUCGUUGGGAACCUGUGAGCAAGUCAAAACCAUUCGCUAACCUGCUUAUAAAUGAGUCACCAAAGAUGCAGCAGCAAUUCCGAGCAGAUGCUUAUGAAUUGUGGCAACACGAGAUUGCGAAACUCGUCGGCGCUGAUUUAAUGAAGAAACGUCUUCCGGCCUCAAAGGCGACGUUCCGACACACCGAACUGUGA